UUCAUAUGGGUUGGACCAAAAUGCAAUUUAUUCCCGUAAUUUUAAACGGAAUUAGAGCAACACAUCCUUCUCCCGUCGCUUGCACCGUCUUCUGCUCAGCCUAUUUUGCAAUCACAACUUUCUCUUCCCUCGGCACAACUUGGGAAACUGGGAAAAAAAAAAGAAAAACAACUUUUCUUCUCGCGAUAGUAGCUAGUUUAAGCAGCCGCCAUAUUCUUUGACAGUAUUUUGAUUCGUAUCUGCUGGAAGUGAGGAAAAAGAGAAAAGUGAAGGGCUGUCGAGGGGAGGGGGGGGCACAAGAAGAGGAGCUGUCAAAAAGGUAUUCCCGAGUCUCUGUCAAACGGCGGAGGACUAAGGCUCGGUAUCCCUCCCCCUAACGCUGUUUCGAGGACACAGAAGGCCCGGGGCCUCGGUGCAAGUUGGCUCUUCGUCUCCCUGGCAGUAGCUGGAUCCCUCUUAGCUUCUCUUCUCCCAGCUCCGCGGCCCUCCAGAGGUCCAGCGGCGGUCUUGGGUGUUGAAGGCGGCCCGGGGAGCGGCAGCGGCGGCGGAGACUGGAGGAAGAUGUUCAAAAUGAAGGCGGUUUGCUGCCGAGACUGACUUCCCCGUGUGCUGAACAGAACAAACAGACCUGGCAUCAUACGAAUGGCCCAGGGAAGCCACCAGAUUGACAUUCAGGUUUUGCAUGACCUGCGCCAAAAGUUCCCUGAAGUCCCAGAAGGUGUUGUCUCCCAGUGUGUUCUGCAGAAUAACAACAAUUUAGACGCCUGCUGUGAAUACUUGUCCCAGGUCAGUCCGGGCUACCUGUACAGUGAAGAAGGGAACCUCAGCUUUUCAGACGACCCCAGCUUCAGCAGGCUCCAUAAUCACAUGACCCAGCUGAACCUGGACCUGCAGCCUCAGAAUGUGCACGUGGGCCCGGUUCGGGACAGCCUGAGAAUGAACGGCAGCCGGACUCUGGCCCACAGCCUGAGUGAAGGGCCCCUUUCUACAGGCCAGGCCACUAACAGUGACUUCUUUCAGCAGGAGCCCCAGUCAGCCCCAGUGCAGGUGCCCUCCAAUUUCAAUGUAUUUGGCGUGAUGGAGCCCCCGCGUAAACCGCAGCCUCCACAGCACCUUGGACUCUACCCUCUGGGUGGCAAAGCAACAGCUAUGGGUUCCCAGCAGACACCACGCUUCAACCCAAUCACCGUGACGUUAGCCCCUAACAUCCAGACAGGACGCAACACCCCUACUUCUUUGCACAUACAUGGUGGGCCACAGUCGGGCCUAAGCAGUCCACAGGGUAACUCAAUUUACAUCCGGCCUUACGUUAGCCAGUCCGGUACGACACGGCAAAACCAGCAGCAGGGAGGCAGGGCCCAGUACAGCCCCACUUCCCAGCCUCAGCAGCAGAUCUACCAGAUCUCACAUCCUUCCUCCCUGUCCGGCUCCUGGUCCGGCACUCAGCACUCUUCCUCCUCCUCUCAUACCUCACAGCCCCAGACCCAGGGCCAUCAAACUUCUCACGUCUACAUGCCCAUCAGCUCACCUACAAAUCCCCAGGCGCCUUCCUUUCUUCCUACUGGAAGUCAGGUCUCUUCCUCUGGUGUCUCAUCAUGCUCCUCUUCCUCUUCCUCCUCUUCGGUCAUGCCCAGCUCCCUGUCUGCGAUCAGCCAGUACAAUAUCCAGAACAUCUCCACUGGCCCACGGAAGAAUCAGAUAGAGAUCAAACUUGAAUCUCCACAAAGGAGCAAUUCUGCAACAGCUGUGCUGCGGACGAGCAGCGGGCCCCGCUCAUCCUCCACGUCCUCCUGCCCUUCCUCUUCCUCUUCAUCUGCUGGGGCAGCUUCUGUCCCUGCCACCCCUCUGUCAAUCGGAGGGUCGGGUCCCACUGUUUACAUCUCUACUGCUGCUACCACUCCCUCUGAGGAAGUCAUUGUUGCCUCAGCCGGCUCCCGCCCACAAUCCAAGUUGGGUAGGAGUCCUCACACACUCUUCAUCUCAACAAACCCUUCCUUACAGGGGCCCUCAGGGGCCAGGAACAUAGGGGGUCAAGUGAGCAUGGGCCCUGCUUACAUCCACCAUCAUCCACCUAAAUCUCGCCCCUCUGUGGGAGGAGGGGGUACAGCUUCUUCCCCACGCGUGGUGGUCACUCAGCCCAACACCAAAUACACUUUUAAAAUCACAGUGUCUCCUAACAAACCCCCAGCGGUGUCCCCUGGAGUCGUGUCCCCGACUUUUGACAUCAACAAUCUCCUCGGCCUACCCCAAGACCACCACUUCGUUGAGACAGACCCCCAGCAUCUCUCAGACCCACUAUCGCCACACCGGGAGAGACAGAGUGAACCUCGCAGACUCAGCAUGGGCUCUGAUGAUGCAGCAUACACACAAGCAUUGUUGGUGCAUCAGAAGGCACGAAUGGAGAGGCUGUGGCAUGAGUUGGAGAUGAAGAAGAAGAAGCUGGAGAAACUAAAAGAAGAAGUCAACGAAAUGGAGAAUGACCUGACCAGGAGACGUCUGGAGAGAUCGAACUCAGCUUCCCAAAUUCCUUCUAUUGAUGAAAUGAAGCAGUUGCGAUCCCAAAACAGGUCAUUGCAGAUUGAUAUAGACUGCCUCAGCAAAGAAAUUGAUCUUCUUCAAACAAAAGGACCACAUUUUAAUCCCGGUGCAAUCCAUAACUUUUACGACAACAUUGGAUUCCUCGGUCCUGUCCCACCCAAACCCAAAGGUACUUUAUCUAUUGACACAGGCAGUAAGAGUGUGAAGCCCAUCACAGACCAGGAGGACGAGGGGACGCAGUGGAGCUGCACAGCCUGCACCUUCCUCAAUCACCCCGCCCUGAUCCGCUGUGAACAGUGCGAUUUCCCGCGGAACUUCUGAGCCAACAAGGCUGCGACGCGCUGCCCCUUCCUCUGCCCGCCUGUCUUCUAGCAGAUUAGAACAGACUGGGGCUCUGUCUGUUACUUUCCUAGAUGUAUGAAAACCGGGACAGGGCUUAGUCCUCGUACAUCGUGCAGCCCGUUUUUGGGUUUUUUUGUUUUGUUUUGUUUUGUUAUUUUCUUCUCCUCUUUUCUCCUCUCUAUAGGCUUGUAGAACACUGUCCAUUGAAGGCUUGACUGGAUGGUGUUUACAGCUUGCGUUUCUUACUAUAGGCCGGCAGAGUCGGAUGAUACCUCACCUUAGAGACUGGCAUAGUGUGGGGUCCCGUUUUCCCCACCUCCCUUGCUCGACAGGUGACACUUUACACCCUGGGGAUACCUCGCUGCUCCCACUUCACAGUAUUACAAGCGUGGCCCUGCAGCGUGAUUGCGCACAUGCACACUCAACACAGAUGUGCCUUUUGCAGAUUUUUCCUUUUUUUUUUUUUUUCUUUUUUUUUUUUUGUGUCCCUUUUCUUCUUCUUCUGUGGUGGUGGCAU